CCGAGACUAGUUGGUAUAUCUUACAGACACUGGUAUUAAAAGGUUAUAGAUAGCUAGAGAGCUCGGGAUUUAGACGCAUUUUCAACUCUGGUGGUGGAAAGGAAAGAGUAAAACAUGACGAGAUUGAACAUCUUUGCUUUGAGCCUCUUCGCGUUCAUCUCUGUAUCUACAGCAUAUGUGACAUGUCCUGAUGACUGGACGAGACAUGGGUUCUCCUGCUACUAUUUCCGAUCGUGUGACGUAACGUGGGAUGAUGGUGAACGAGAGUGCCUGGCUCUUGGUGGCCAUCUUGUUUCUAUCGAUACCAGGGCCGAGAUGGCCUUUGUCGAGAAUCUAGUAGCUGGAGAGAAAGGACCGUUCUGGAUCGGUCUGAACGACAAGUACCGUGAGGGUCAGUGGUUCUUCACAGACAUGAGGCGUCUUCGUCCCGAGCUGGGGCCUCUCUGGGGUGCACACGAGCCCAACAACAAUGGUGAUGAGGAUUGCGUCAUGUUUCCUCAUGGUGCUGAUAAGAAAUGGAAUGACGCCAAGUGUGAUAGCAAGUACAGCUUCAUCUGCGAGAUUGAAAAAUUCGGUUGCCCCGACGGAUGGGGAGAGUACGGGGACUCCUGUUACCACCAGGUCGUAUCGCCCAAGGUCAACCAGUUCGACGCCCAGACCCACUGCCAGUCCAUCCAUCAAGACUGCAGUCUGGUCAAGAUCGACAACCACGACGAACAGGCUUUCCUAGAGAGCUUCUUCGGAGAGAGUUGUGCCGACUGGAUUGGUCUCCUGGGAGAGGUAAACGCAAACGCAAACUCAAACGCGAACGGCGUCUCUGCCUCACACCAUCAUCACGAUCAUGAUCACGACGACGCCAACGACGACAACGACGGAGGAAACGGUGGCGGAAACAGUGGUGGAAGUGGCGAAUUCUUAACUCGCGAUUAUUUCUUCACCGAUGGCCAGCCGAUGGUGCACGACUUCUGGAAGUCGAACGAACCCAACUUCGACAAGGACAACGACCGCGUGUGUGCGAUUCAGAAGAACACUCUGGGGUGGAAUGAUUACGGUUGCGGCAACGAGAUGAGCUACAUUUGCGAGUUAAAGAAACCAAGCUUCUAAGAAAUUUGCUUGUUAAGUGUUAAGUCUGCCCUCUGAAAGUACAGGAAGGGAAAUGCAUUCUUUUAGAAGUCAUUCUAAAGAGGGGUCAUUUCGUUUCGGGUGGGAAUUCACGCUAAGAAUAAUAAUUGAAUACACUCUCAAAAGAGUAAUUAAACCACUCCUUUGGAAUUGAUUCCACUCUAAGUUAGAGUGUUUUCAACUCCUGAACAAAGUGAUCCCUAGUAUGACUUCUGGAUUUCCACUUUUCUGCUGUCAGAGAGUAGGUUUUUAGCACUGAUGUCAUAUAUUUGAUUUUAAUUUAAGAGGUGCUGAGAGUAAUUUAUGCUAAAGAGCAUCAACGAAACAAAAUAUCAACUGUAAGAAAAUGGUGAUGAUUUUUUUUUUCUUUGUCAAUAAAAAAGAUUAUUCAAAUGGAAUGUUAGCAAGCCUUCUUCCAAACAAUUAUAAUUUCAUUGCAUUGGUGUAGUCAAGAUUAUCUUUCCCUUAUAACAAGAGAAUUUCAGUAAGCACGUUUUUGAACAUUAAUCAAUAUAGAUCUGUGUUUUGAAUCAAGUUUAUAUUGUACCUAUUUUGCCCUUUUGUAUCAAAUAAAGUUAUUAAUACCAUUUA